AUGCUGCUCUCAGUUCAACAAAAGAGAAAGCUUUCGGCCUCUGUAUCAUUUAUCCCCUCCAAGAGGCAGCUUUCGGCGCAGCACCACCCGCAGUCAUGGGAAGAGGAAUACUUUGCUGAUACCGAGGCGAUACUCGGGGGGCCAAGAAGGUGGACAUGUGAUGUAGGGCAAACGCCGUUGCGAUUCCCAAGCACCACGCUGGUCUCUGUUCAACCCCUAGACCAGCCUCUACCUGGGGCACCCGCUCAAGUAUGGCUCAUUCAAGGACAUUUUGGUAGUUGUGCCGCCAAAUUAUUCAACCCUUAUACAGAUGGGGAUGCAGUAUCUCAAUUAGCACAGCUUCCUCACCCCAAGCCGAGUCUCGAGAAAGUCAAGCACGAUCACAACCCUUUCCUCCAGGAGAUGAAAGCUUACGAACAAAUACGCAAAUUCUGCCCAGAAUCUCAACGACAUUUCUUUUUAAAUUAUCACGGCAUAAUUGACAUUCCUUGGGAAUCUGGUCGCCGUCAAGGGGUUGUGACGGACCUUCUCCAGCCUGGGAUCCAAGAUCGCCGGCUGCAAUCGGCCAGUGUCCCUGAAGCCUUUCGACCGUAUCUCGAUGAACUACAGUUUGCGCUCGUGAAUGCGGACCUGUCGGACGUUGAAGGAAGUUGGUACCUCAGCGUAUUGAAUAGUCGGCUGAAAAUGGUGACGGUGUUACAUGCGCUCGGUAUCUCCCACGGCGACAUCAAAGGGGACAGCUUUGGACUCCCACAAUCUCUACACGACAUUGCUUUACACGACUUCAGUCGCUCCUACACGUUCACACCGGAGCGCCCCUGCCGACUUCGAGUAGACCCACUGAAGCAGGUCAUGGAUGUUGAGCGCCGCCAAGUCCAGCAGACGGUCUUGGAUAUGUAA